GUGCACAUUUCCGUGGUGCUUUGCUUUUUUUCUUUGUUGAUUUAAAAGGCGACAUGGUCCCUUGACUGGAUCGCGAUUCACCGAACUUCCCUCGUUUGUCGACAUUCAUCAUACCUCUAUUUCCUUCGUUUGUACAUACACUUUCACUUGACCUGCAUACUCACACUCUUUUGAAGACAAUCGGAUUACAAUAAUUGGCCGCCAUGAAGUUACAUUCCCUCCUUCCCCUGGCCGCCCUUCUCACCCCCUCUGCGGCGGCAUUGUUCGGCAUCAAUGACUUCAACUGUGAACUGACGGAGGAGCACCCGAACCCAGUCGUCCUGCUGCACGGUUUAGGCGCCACCUACUACGAAGACCUGAAUUUCCUGCAAUACUGGCUCCAGAACCAAGGCUACUGCACCUACGCGCAAACCUACGGCGCAUAUGACGGCUUCCCACUGCUGGGCGGGCUGCGCUCGAUCAGCGAAUCGUCCGGCGAAAUCGCCGCGUACAUCCGCGAGGUCGCCGACAAAACCGGCGCCAAGAAGGUCGAUCUGGUCGGGCAUUCCGAGGGCGCAUUCCAGUCGCUCUACGUGCCGAAAUUCCAGGGGGUCUCAGACCUCAUCGAUAAGAUUGUGGCGAUCGCGCCCCCGACGCACGGAACCAAUUUCGGUGGCCUGUACAAUCUCGCAUACCUCUUCGGAAAUGUUUCCCGGGAAGUGGUGGGUGAGGUGUUGAGCAAGUUUGGCUGUCCCGCGUGUGACGAGCUGGGUCCCGACGGGGCUGCCGUGCAGCGAUUGAAUGAUGGCCAGCCCAUCCUGCAACCGGGUAACACCUUGACGGUCAUUGUCUCGAAGUUCGAUGAGAUGGUUACGCCGCAUUCGACGUCGUGGGUGGACGGCGCCAACAAUAUUUACGUGCAAGACAAGUGUCCGCUCGACCCCGUGGGACACAUCGGUGAGGCGUAUGACUUGAACGUCUGGAACCUAGUCAAGAAUGCCCUCGAUAGCACGCCGGACAGGGACUUCUUCUGUGUGCUUGGGUCGCCGGGAAAGAUUUGAUUGUUGGUUUUGAAAAAAAAGGAAGUUGCAGAGUAAUGUUCCUAGUCUAGGUAAAAAGAAGUAUAUAGUCCCAUAUGUACACUCAUUAAUGUAUAGUCAUCAGCAUCAAUAUCACACAUGUCGCGGCAUUAGAAUUAUCGGGUGCAGGUCUUUUCAUCCACCAGGGUUUCGUCAGAGGAAUGGGAAUCGUCGCUUUGGGUCUCUUGGACCAGAUUG